CUAGCUCUGAUAUAACUACAUGGGUUACUGUCCUUGAGUGUGGCACUGCAGAGGGGAGGCAGACUUCCCAGAUUGGAAGUUUGACUACAGUCUCACUGGCUGGAGCAAUAGCCAGAUUGCCUUGAAGUGGCUAAAACAGGUGUAUCUGCCACAAACCAAGCCUCAAGGUGACGAGUGGAGGUUACUGGUCCUCGACGAGCAUUCCAGUCAUACAACCGGCGACUUCAUGGCUACAGCUUGGCUAGACAAGGUUCGGUUGGUCUAUCUGCCUGCUCGCACCUCCCACAAAACUCAGGCUCUCGACCGCAGUGUUUUCUCAGCUCUGAAAAACUACUUCCGGCAAGGUACCAAGGCCCUGGCAAGCUUCACAGCAUCGGCUGCCGUGAACAAGCGACGGUUCCUCUAUUGCUAUACGGAUGCAUCUAUGCUUGGAAUGUCUGCUAGGAAUAUCAUCUCUGGGUUUAGGAACACCGGUAUUUGGCCGCUGGAUCCAUCCAAAGUGCUGGAAGACCCCGAGGCAGUCCUGGAAAGUCAGGCUCUUCCUGCACGGCCGGAAACACCACCCCCUAAGCCUACGAGCAGGCAUGGCCCUAGAUGCUAAGAACGCUGAGAUUGCAUCUUUAAA